GUGAUAGUUAAACGUAUAUCAUCGACACGACACGAGAUCCCGUACUUUCCAAUUCACGCAUGAUUUGCAUGAAGUGACAGAAGAUGUAUAAUAUGCGUGACAUAAACUAUACAUUUUCUGUUAGUCAUGUGCAUCAUGCGUGAAUCUGAAAGUACCCAUCGAAAUUUUGCAGCGUACAUUGUCAGAGAGAGAAAGAGAGUUAUGUGUAUUUCAUGUUAAAAUCCGGAUCAAUCGAAAAAAUAGAAUUCUGCUGUCGGUAUCCAUGAUAGAUCGUUGAUAAUGUAGUAAUCUGUAACAUUAAUGUAUCGUACAAGCGACAGUUGCUCCAGUAAUCUCAAUCUUUCAAGUGUUCAUGAGUAACGCGAGAGGGAGAGAGCUACUGUACAGCUGAGCGUAAUAAUAAGAUGAUUGUAAAGUAAGGGGUGAUAGCGAAAAGUCUGUGGAGAGAGGACGGCCUUGAUGACACACGGAACACGAGUCGAGGAAUACUCCGGCAGUUCGCGAUUCGUUACGAUGCUUUACACAUACUUAAUUGUACAUUGAUUGUACAAGUGAUCGAGUAGAGUAGAAUGACGAGCUGUCACUGUAUUCGAGAAUAGACAGGUGUCAAACAACGCGACGAGCGGACCGAGUGGAAAAACGCGCGCGCGCGCGCGCGCUUACUUUCGAAACAAUCAGCGAUAAAAAGCUUCUUCUCUUUUGGCGUAAAUUGUGAUUCUUGUAAUAUAAAUAAGUGGCAGAUGAAUGACAGUUUCGCACGGAUUUUCUCGUAAACUUAAAAAGGCGCGAAAAUGGAAUUGUUGCAACAAUUUGCGGACUUGUUGAGCUUGAUAACGAUAGGCAUGUGCUUCGUAUUGAAAAUUCCGCAGAUAUUAAAACUGCUUUCCGUGAAAUCAGCCGACGAAAUAUCUACCCUAGGAUUAUUCUUAGAAUUAACGAGUUACACUGUGAUGACUAGUUACAAUUACACGAAUGGAUACUCGGUACUAUCGUACCUAGAGUAUCCGAUAAUAUUAGUGCAGGAAUAUAUACUGAUAUUCCUCGUAUUGAAAUAUUUAAAUAGACUCAACGUUUGGUCAUUUUUAUGUGCUGUUAUAUAUUUUAUGCUGAGCGCUUGUUUGCUGUUGGAAAUUGCUCCGAAAAUCGUACUUACAUUUCUAGCGCCGAUGUGUACUCCGAUCUCCGCUUCCAGUAAGAUCGUUCAAUUAUUGUCCAUACUUCGCGCUAGAAACGCAGAGUCGGUGUCGCCUCUCACCUGGUUUAUCUCCGCCUUCACGAACUUGACGAGGGUGUUCACGAUAUGGAUGGAUUCGGCCGAUGUACUAUUACUGGGAAACUUUAUCCUCUCAGUGUUGUUAAGCUCAAGCAUCAUGUUCUCUGCCCUUUAUUACAGAAGUCGUCCGAAACAAGAUUAAACGAAAAUUAUAUAAAUAAUUUAAUUGCAAGUAUAUUCCAUGAGAAAUUGAUGAUUUACAUGAUUUGCAUGUAAGUAAUUUUAUAUUUACAUGUGAAUUUUAUUUGUUAAGAAUAAUCAAGAGAGAUAUAUAUCCUAUUUUAUUGUUGAUAAUAAACAUAGAAAUUAUGUUGCCCCUUA